GCCACAUUUGAGCUCUCCUGUCCUAUCCUAGCUCACCAAGCUCCACUACUGUCCCUUUCUUCCCAAUCAUGUCGAUGAUAAAUAUGUCCAGGGACCCAUUGGUCGUCGGCCACAUCGUUGGGGAUAUCGUGGACCCUUUCAUGACUACUGCGUCAUUGAGGAUCUUCUUCAACAACAAGGAGCUGACGAACGGGUCUGAGCUCAAGCCAUCCCAAGUGUUCAACGUUCCAAGAGUUUAUAUUGGCGGGCGAGACAUGAGGAAUCUUUACACGCUUGUGAUGGUGGACCCUGAUUCACCAAGCCCUAGCAACCCUACUAAAAGAGAGAACCUUCAUUGGUUGGUAACUGACAUUCCAGAGACUACUGAUGCAAGUUUUGGAAAUGAAAUAGUCCCCUAUGAGAGCCCACGUCCAACUGCAGGAAUCCAUCGUUUUGUUUUCAUACUGUUUAAGCAGUCGGUCAGGCAGACGACUUAUGCACCAGGGUGGAGAGCAAACUUCUGCACAAGGGACUUCGCAGCGAUCUACAAUCUCGGACCGCCUGUCGCUGGGAUGUACUUCAACUGCCAAAGAGAGAAUGGCUGUGGUGGUAGGAGGUCCAUUAGGUAAUACUGAAGGAAAGAGAGAAACCGGGAGAUAAGUAUGCAUAUGAAGCAAAACAAAUGCUUGCAUGUGUGCGUGUGUAUGUGUGUCUGUGUGUUUGUUUGUCUGUUGUGUGGGCAUUGCAUGCUACUGGUCCAGUCAGAAUUAUAGUAUAUAGUUAGUAACUUAGUAGUACACUAAAUACUGCAAUGUACCCUUGUUUACUUGAUCCCAAAAGCAUUGGGCUCCAGUCCUUGGGAGAUGCCAAAAUGUGGUUGUGUGUUGCUGAAAUACAGACGUUUCAAUAUACGCAUUCUGUCAA